GCUUGUAAAACCAGUCACGUCUCGAAAAGGCGCACAGAUGCCACCGGUCAUUCAAAUGCAAUGUUAUGUCGCAGGACAUGUGCUUGAACAUGGGCUUCCCAUGCAACUGUCUGGCCGACGGGAAGCUCUGUGAACCCUGCAGGAUGAGCAAAGACGGUCACGACGUCGACUCCCACCACGGCGCCGUGGCGGAGAACACGGGCGAGUCCGAGCACCCGAACAAAACAACGAGUUCUCCCAAUAAGGAAAGGGACAGAAACUGGGGAUGGAUUCUAUCCGGGGUCAUCUUUAUCAACAUCCUGAUGUUGGGCAUCGCGUUGGUGAGCGGCAGCGCCUACGAGCACGUCGACAUCAGUAUGUCCGACCUCCAGGUUUUCAUGGUCAUCAUCCUCAUCCUCACCUGCAUCUGGAUGAUCUACUACAUCAUCUUCACGGCCAGAAUUGAUAACGCAGUGGCUUACAGGGACCAACACGCCGGACCCGUUUGGCUCAGGGGAGGAAUGGUGCUCUUUGGACUCCUCAGUAUCAUCAUGGACAUUUUCAAGAUAGCGAGCUACGUCGGCUACCUCCACUGCGAGUCGGCCAUCAAGAUUGUUUUUCCUGUGGUCCAACUUAUUUUCAUUGUUGUGCAGACAUAUUUCAUGUGGGUCCAUGCCAAAGACUGCGUACAGCUCCAAAGGAACCUUACACGGUGCGGUCUGAUGCUCGUCCUUUCCAUUAAUCUGGUUUUGUGGAUGGCUGCGGUCACGGACGAGUCCCUGCACCAAACAGCCCACCCAGAUGGCGGCGGCCAUGGUGGCGGCCAUGGCGACGACCACGGCAGCGAUAACGGCGGCGACCACGGUAACGACACGCACGGAUCCGACGACCACCAUGACAACAGCUCUCAUAAGCUCUGGGGACGGAUGAUCUACAUCCAGAAAGCGAGUUACGGCGAGGACCAAUGCAACUGCAGCCACACGUCCUGUACCAUGUUCAAAGACGCCUACUUCUACCUGUACCCCUUCAACAUCGAGUACAGCCUCUUCGCCUCGGCCAUGGCCUACGUCAUGUGGAAAAACGUCGGGCGACUGGGCAAGGCCCACGACCCGCACAGCCACGGCCACGCACACAAGUUCCACUUGAAAGACGCACUCAUUGGCCCCCUGGUGGGCGUUCUGCUGGUUUUCGCCGGCCUGGCCACAUUCAUUGUGUACGAGAUGGACAUGAAUGAGGACAAAGAAGAUGACCACAGCAAGAGAGACCAAGCGCUGUUGAUCCACUUUGUCAUAAACAUCGUGAUUAUCAGCCUGAUGCUAGUGGCCACCCUGGUCGGCACCACCAUCUACAAGCUGGACCGCCGGGAACAUGACUCAGAGAAGAACCCCACACGUAGCUUGGACGUGGGCCUGCUGGUGGGAACCUCCAUGGGGCAGUUCAUCAUCAGCUACUUCACGAUAGUCGCCAUGGUGGCAUCCGGAGCCCGGGGCCACCUUAACAGGCUCAACUUGACCUGGGCUAUACUGAUGGUGAUCCAGAUCGGGCUGCAGAACUUCUUCAUCGUCGAAGGUCUCCACCGGGAGCCUUUCCACGAAGAACAACAUCAUGAGCACAUAACCACGAUGACCAACACCUACGCCGUGGAGCACUACAGCAAAGAGAUGGAUGGUCUGCAAGGAUCGGAAAUAAGAGCCAAGCCUGAGAUGGAGGUGCCGGCGGUGAACCCGUUUGACCGCAUCGUGCACUACCCGCAUAAACUGACGUGGAAGAGGAGAGUCCUGAAGGAAGUUUCCGUUUUUUUGUUGUUGGCCAACAUCAUUCUGUGGAUCAUGCCGGCGUUCGGCGCUCGCCCCCAGUUUGACCACCCGGCUGAAACGGAAUUCUACGACUUUAACAUGUGGGCGGCCAUCGUGAACGUCGGACUGCCUUUUGCCAUCUUUUACCGCAUGCACUCAGUGGCUGCCCUCUUGGAAGUGUUUGUCAUCUCUUAAGUGGACGAUCUCCGUGGUUUAUUCUUUUUUUUUUUUUUUACAUCAAACCAAGAGUCCCCAAACUCUUUUUGAAGACCGGUUUCACGUUAAGCAAUUUUUCAACAAGUGAUUAACAACACAACUUAGCUUUAGCAACACUCAAUGGAGUAGUUGUUGCCGGUCCCAUCUUGGGGAAAUUGUGAGCGUCUUUCUUCUGUCCAGUCUGUGCCUGAUUUAUAAAUCAAAACUUCAAGAUGCAGAUUUACAAAUUAAUAUCUUUUCCUACAAUCGUUUUGUGCCGCACAGUACUAGUUCGCGGCCUGGUGGCUGGGGAUCUGAUUUAUUCCACUUAUCCUAGUUAGGAUGACAGGAAAGCUGGAACUUAUCCAAGCUGAGAAGAGGGGGAAGGUUUGUUAUACUCUGGAUAAACAACCAGUCACACUCAAACAAGUGUUCACUUGAGCCAACAUAAUGAGAAAACCAAAUCAAGCACAGAAAAAGCAUGCAAACACUGUUUCUGUGCAGUUUAAGGCUGACGUGUUCGCCAUUUGCGCGGUUCCACAAAAUGUUUGUACAAUAUGAAUGUAAAUUUUGUUUCUCUAAAGACACUUUAGUAAUGUUGUAAAGUUUUGACUGAUGCAAUUGCUAUUGAUGCUUAUUUUAUUAUUAAGGGAGAAAAGUAUUUCUUUUCGUAAAUAAAUACAUGUGUAAGUGUAUUGUGUACAGAUGCCGAACGAAAAUAAAUUAAUUGCAUUCUUUAUAGGCUUCAGCGUGUAUUAAAAAAUAAAGACAAAAAAUAAUAAGAAUUA